AUGUCAAGAGCUCUCGAUCCUAAAAUCAAGAAUUUGUUGAAACAUGGAGAUCAUGAGCCCGUUUAUCGAUGUAUAGCCCAAGUGCUGGCCUUGCGUGAAGAGGAGCUGCUCGACAUUGAGAUACUCGGUCCAAGUCACAUCCUUUCGCCAGCAGUAUACGUUCUCCACGAGGAAAAUGCCGUGGCGAUCCCGAAACUCAACAUAUUGCGAGCUUUUUUACCGGCAUACAAAAUAUUUCAAGGCCACUUGAAUGGCCAACAUAUCACAUCAGAAGAGGUUUUGCAAGCUACGUCUGUCAUUCUGCUAUUGGACCCGGAGCACAUGACAGCUGCCAAUGCUCGGAAACGACAUGUACGGCGUAUAAAAGCGCAAUAUCCGGACCAAAUAGAAUCCGCUCUAGAUACAGAGCUCUAUUUCAUAGACAGUCUACUAACCAGCCGUCUGCAUCGGCAUACAAAGUCGCCGACGCUCUGGGGGCACAGGCAAUGGCUUCAGGAGCAAUGCAUCGCCAGGCCGAGGCCGAUGGACAACCUCUCCACUGCCAUGGAGAAGCUCAUCUUCGUAUCUGCGGAGAGGCAUCCGCGUAACUACUACGCAUGGUGCCAUGCACGAUAUCUCCUCGGUCGCAAAGGUCCAGCUCAUGAUGCCACCGACAGAGCCGAGCACGGACUGCAAGCGCAACAAAACACCGUCACGCUGGACAUAUUGACGGAGAUGGUCAAGAAGUGGUGUUUUGCCCAUCCGAGUGACACUUCCGGGUGGUCGUUUCUCACGAUGCUCGUCGAGCAGCGCCCGCAGGCGGCGGCAUCCUCGCUCUUCUCCGAGACUCUCCGCUUCGCAGAGGCUUUUUCGUGGAGAGGCGAGUCGGUGUGGUAUUUCUUGCGCAACAUGCUGCGGAGGGACUGGGUAGAGAACAGUCAUAGAGAGAAUUUGGAACGGGUGCUCAAGCUGGUGCAUGGAAAGGCGGCCGAGCCAGGGGAGUUGGACAGGCAGGUCCUGAGCCACAUGCUGGAGUGGACGAAGCUGUACGCAGAGUCGGGCUGUCGAGCAGCGGAAGCAUAA